UCAAACUCGCCCUAAACGCGCGCAAAACCAAACAUAUGUUAGAAAACCUCUGUUUUCUCAGACCUCUGUUUUCUACAUUCCUCUACUCAGCUACCCUACACCGAAGCUUCGGUGUAUAUUCGUCUCCAACGGGUAUUUGAAUUGGAAGAACGGAUCCAAGGCAUUUCAGAGCCCAAAACAGAACAAAAAUAAAAUAAGGAUCAUAUAUACUACUCUUUUGCCCUUUUAUGUUAUGAUAGAAAAAAGGCCCAAAAGCUCGGCACUUCGAUCGCAGGACUGCCCGCUUUAACAUGCCAUUCAAUGUGAAUAAAGGAGGGAGAAGAACGUAGAGAAAGAGAAAUUGAAAGAAAGAAACUUGUAGGAAAUGAAGCCGGUCGAAGAAGCUCCCAAGCAGAAGUAUCGGCACAUCGUUACAUGGACGCCGCAGGAGGACGAUAUUCUCCGAGAGCAGAUUAGGAUUCAUGGGACCGAGAGCUGGACGGCUAUUGCAGGGCGGUUCAAAGAUAAAACAAGCAGGCAGUGCCGGAGAAGAUGGUAUACAUACUUGAGUUCUGAUUGCAAGAAAGGAGGGUGGUCACCAGAAGAAGACAUGAUCUUAUGCGAGGCACAGAAGAUAUUUGGUAACAGAUGGACUGAAAUUGCAAAGGUGGUCACAGGCAGAACGGACAAUGCAGUGAAGAACCGCUUCACGACCCUCUGCAAGAAACGUGCAAAACAUGAGGCUUUGUCAAAGGAGAACGGCAACGUAUACAUCAAUGCAAACAACAAGAGGGUUAUACUCGAUAAUGGAUGUGCUGCAGCUGGAACGUAUGAAUCAACCACACCCCUCAAGAAGAUCAGGACCCAUGUCUCGGAUCCCACAGAAAAUUGCAACAUGAAAUCGGUAGGUGGAUGUGGAACCGAGAAACAGCAGAUGUUAAGACCUCCACUUGCAGCACUGGUUCAGAACUUGAACAAAGGGAGAAGCCACCCAACUCACCAACAUGUUCUCGACAAAGUUAAGAUGGCCUUGAAUGAUGUUUCAAACAACAAGGAUCGAGGAAUAUUAAUUAGAAGGGAUGAUCCGAAGAUGACUGCAUUGAUGCAGCAAGCAGAACUCCUCAGCUCUCUUGCUCUGAAAGUUAACACAGAUAACACAGAUCAGAGUCUUGAGAAUGCUUGGAAGGAACUCCAAGAUUUCUUAAUCCAAACCGAAGAGAGCGAACUUCUGAGAUGCAAGAUCCUUGAAAUGGAUUUUCUACUCGAAGGCUUCAAGGACUUGGUACAGGACAUGAAGGGUGGAAGCACAGGAAGUCGGCUAUCGUGGAGGCAACCUGAUCUGCAUGAGGAGUCUCAGGGCAGUUCUGAAUACAGCACUGGGUCGACUCACCAGUGGCAUUCUGUUGGUGAAUUAAUAGAGGGAAAUCAAGCUGAGGAAUGCUCGCUAAACCACAACAUCAACACUGGGACAAACCGAAAUAACAGAGAAGUAGAGAUUAGUGGUGGUUGUGGAGAUGGGUUUUGUUGCAGCAUGGAUGCUGCCCAAGAGGCAAUCUUGCCAUCUUGUGAUGAACCCAGAGACAAUGACGGAAUUGUUUCAGCAAUAUCAAAUACAGAUUUCAAUUCCCCUCUCCAAAUGUUUCAGUCCUUUGGAGAAGGGAUUCCAAGCCCAAAAUUUUCAGACAGUGAGAGGCACUUCCUGCUGAGGACACUCGGAUUGGCAUCCCCAUCCGCCACUAAUGUGAACACCAACCCCUCCUGCAAAAGAGCACUCCACCACAGUCUCUAAUCCAAUAUAUGUCACUGAUACUUUGCCUUCUAGAACGUUCUAGCACGUCCUAGAAUCCUCUCAUGAUUUAGCAUUCUAGCUGAUUCUACUAAACCGUGUUUUUAAGCCCAUUUUCAACCUGAUUUUUACCAAAAGUUAUUCUCAGGUUUGCAGUCCAAAGCUAGAGUAGCAUUCUGGCUGAUUUCACUAGGGUGUUCCAUGUUCUGUUUUCACUGGCUUUCACGGCCUUUCCAACCUGAUUUUUACCAAAAGGUGUUCUAAUCUGCAGUCCAAAGUUCUAGUAAGAUUCUGGCUGAUUUCACUAAGGUGUUCUGUGUUCUGUUUUCACAGCUUUCAUAGCACUUCCAUUCCUAUUUUUACGUGGAUUUCGGUGUGCUUGUUUGUCCAAAUCACGCCAUUCUUUCGUCUUCCCCUAGAAUCUGGUUUUUGGGUAUUUCGAGUUUGGCUUGGAUUUUGAUUUGUCAUUUGUAUAUAAACUGCAAAUGUAAAAUCUUAGUCUUCCCUGAGUGUAAUUACAUGUGGUUGACGCAACCCCAUAAUUUGAAAAGAAAAAAAAGAAAAAAAAGAAAAAAAGAAGAAGAAGAGGAUCAACCAGUUGAAGGUAGAUUCCUAUUUGUUUGAUUUUGGUGUGGAAGGUAUAAGAAAUGAGAGGUUUUGGUUUUUCUCAUGGGUGUAAUUAUGUCUUUGUAUUCUUACAUAUAUAUGAUUGGAAAUGAGAGAGAAUAUGUUAUUGGUUUUCGUGAGUACA